AUGUGCCUUUUAUGCAACAAAGUUUUGGGCAAUGACGCUAUGAAACCAUCUAAACUGCAAGAUCAUCUGAGAAGAUGCCUCCCUGAUAAAACAGCGAAAGAUUUGAAAUACUUUCAAACACUCAAAGAUAAAUUUCAGAAGAGACCUACACUGGACAGAAUGUUCGCUUCGACGUCACAAAGAAAUGAUGAUGGUUUGCGGGCGUCUUACAAUAUCUCGUUAUUUAUAGCAAAAUCCGGAAAACCGCAUACUAUCGGAGGGAAGUUAAUUUUGCCAGCCGUUGAAGAGGUUUUAAAAACUGUUUUACACAAACCUGCAUCUGAUAUCAUUAAAAGAAUUCCCUUAAGCAACAAUACCGUUGAAAGACGUAUUGAUGAAAUGAGUUAUGAUAUUGAAAGCUUCUUAUGUAAUUAUUUGCAAACGACCCAUUUCUCUAUACAACUGGACGAGUCAACUUUACCUGAUAAUGCAGCAUAA